AUGAGGGAUUACUUGCUUCCUAACUUGACAGGGGCUCGAUCCUGUAUAAGGCCACCCACUGUUGACGCCAACACUUUUGAAAUCAAGCCAGCCAUACUGCAGAUGGUCCAAUCUUCAGUUCAGUUUGGGGGACUGCCGUCAGAAAACUCGAACAUGCACCUCGCCAACUUCGAAGAACUGUGCCAGACAUUCAAGAUGAAUGGAGUUAGCGAUGAUGCCAUCAGACUAAGGCUGUUCGCGUUCUCACUAAGGGAACGAGCCAAAAGUUGGUUUAUUUCUUUACCAACUCAUUCUAUCAACACUUGGGAGGAAUUGGCCCUGAAAUUCCUAUCCAAGUUCUUCCCUUCUACAAAGAUUGCCAAGCUGAGAGCUGAUAUCAACAACUUCACCCAGCAGGACAGUGAAUCUCUUUAUGAAGCAUGGGAGAGAUUCAAGGACUUACUGAGAAAAUGCCCUAAUCAUGGGAUUGAGAAGUGGCUGAAAGUGCACAACUUUUACAAUGGAUUGAUGAAUGAAACCCGAACACUCAUAGAUACUGCUGCUGGUGGAGCUUUCAUAAGGAAAAGUGCUAAUGAGGCCUUUGAAUUACUUGAAGAGAUGGCCAUGACUAACCAACAAUGGUCAACAGAAAGAGGUCCAUCUAAAAAAGUUGCAGGUAUCUAUGAAGUGGAUGCUAUUACCAAGUUGACAACUCAGGUAGACGCCCUAACAAAAUUGAUGUCUAUUCAAGUAAAACAAGCUCAAGUGGUCUGUGAGCUAUGUGGAGGUCCUCAUCCUUACUCAGAAUGUCAAGAAGAUUUGAAUGAUUUGCCAAUGGAUGAAGCAGAAGCCAUUGGAAAUUACUCUCAAAACAACAGCAACUAUGGGUUUAAUCAAGGAGGUAAUCGAAGGAAUAGAGGGUUCUAUCAACAGAGAAAUAAGAACCAGUCACAUAACCAACAACAGAUUCAGAAACAAAGCUCUAGUGGAAAUUCUGGUCUUCAAACAGAUUUAUUAUUGCAAUUCAUGACAGAGACGAGAUCUUCCAUUAAAGACUUGCAAACUCAGAUGGGGCAACUAGCAACUCAGCUAGCAACUCGUCCUUAG